CAAUCAUGUCUCCCGGAAUGACCCUUUUCUCCAUCCAGGCCAUCCUCAUCCUGGGCACCGAGGAUGGCUCCCGGAUAUUCGCAAAGUACUUCCAGCCGCCGCACUCAGCGCCCCACGGCCCUUCGAGCGCCUCCUCCAACCCCUACCCAGAUGUCAAGUCGCAAAAGGCCUUUGAGAAGGGCCUCAUUGAGAAGACGGCUAAGCAGACUGGCGAUAUCAUCCUCUACGACAACCGGAUCGUGCUGUACAAGAUGGAGUCGGACGUCAUGAUGUACGUCGUCGGUAGCGUCGACGAGAACGAGAUUCUUCUGUACAACACCGUCCUCGCCCUGAGGGACUCUCUCCACCUUCUCUUCAAGCAAUCUGUCGACAAGCGGACAAUCGUCGAAAACUACGACCUCGUUUCCCUCGCCAUUGACGAGAUCGUCGACGACGGCAUCAUCCUCGAGACCGACCCCACCAUCAUCGUUCAGCGCGUGAGCAGAGCUCCCACCCAGGACCUCCCCGUGGGUCGCAUCGACCUCAGCGAGCAGGGCGUCAACAACCUGGCGCAGCUAGGAAAGUCGAAACUGGCAGACUGGCUCCGGCAAGGUCUGUAAAUGGGGGUUGUUGUUUAGUCUAUUGGGAUUUUGUCGUUAUUCUAGCGCCGCAUGCAAACUACAAGAGAGAGAAAAAGACUUGAUGCCACCGGUCUGGGCGAUAAAGGGAUAAGGAGGGAAGGGGGAAAUCAUUCAUACAGGGUGCUGGUGUUCUAAUUGAUGUCAUCAUUCAUGCUCUAAUCUCUGACGCUGCCUUGCGG